UCAUCUUCAUCUUCAUCAUCAUCAUCAUCAUCAUCAUCAUCAUCAUCAUCAUCAUCUUCAUCAUCACGGUCAUCUUCAUCAUCAUCAUCAUCAUCUUCAUCAUCAUCAUCAUCUUCAUCAUCAUCUUCAUCUUCAUCUUCAUCAUCUUCAUCAUCAUCUUCAUUAUCAUCAUCUUCAUCAUCAGCAUCAUCUUCAUCAUCAUCUUCAUCAUCAUCAUCUUCAUCUUCAUCUUCAUCUUCAUCUUCAUCAUCCUCACGGUCAUCUUCAUCAUCAGCAUCUUCAUCAUCUUCAUCAUCAUCAUCAUCAUCAUCCUCACGGUCAUCUUCAUCAUCAGCAUCUUCAUCAUCUUCAUCAUCAUCAUCAUCAUCUUCAUCAUCAUCUUCAUCAUCCUCACGGUCAUCUUCAUCAUCAGCAUCUUCAUCAUCUUCAUCAUCAUCAUCAUCAUCUUCAUCAUCAUCUUCAUCAUCAUCUUCAUCAUCCUCACGGUCAUCUUCAUCAUCAGCAUCUUCAUCAUCUUCAUCAUCAUCAUCAUCCUCACGGUCAUCUUCAUCAUCAUCUUCAUCAUCAUCUUCAUCAUCCUCACGGUCAUCUUCAUCAUCAGCAUCUUCAUCAUCUUCAUCAUCAUCAUCAUCAUCAUCCUCACGGUCAUCUUCAUCAUCUUCAUCUUCAUCAUCAGCAUCUUCAUCAUCUUCAUCAUCUUCAUCAUCAUCCUCACGGUCAUCUUUAUCAUCAUCUUCAUCAUCAUCUUCAUCAUCAUCUUCAUCAUCCUCACGGUCAUCUUCAUCAUCAGCAUCUUCAUCAUCAUCAUCAUCUUCAUCAUCAUCUUCAUCAUCAUCUUCAUCAUCCUCACGGUCAUCUUCAUCAUCAGCAUCUUCAUCAUCUUCAUCAUCAUCAUCAUCCUCACGGUCAUCUUCAUCAUCAUCUUCAUCAUCCUCACGGUCAUCUUCAUCAUCAGCAUCUUCAUCAUCUUCAUCAUCAUCAUCAUCAUCAUCCUCAGUCCUCCACUCUCUGUUCGGCUCUCACCUCUCCUCUCUCAUCCUGGCCCCUCCCACCUCCGAUGACAUCACAGAGGGCUCAGCUGGACGCCCGGCUCCCUCCGUCUUGUCUCCAUUUAAGGGAGUGGCCAUGAGUCGUGGCGCCGCAAGAGGAUUGGCCGGCAGACAGGAGGCGGUCCCUCGGUUCUUCAUGGACUUCCUGCAGCGCCAAUCCAAGAUGAGGAGGCGGAGCAGGAAGUCGAUGGUCGGAGGCAGAGGAUGCUUCGGGAUGAAGAUGGACCGCAUCGGCUCCAUCAGCGGGUUGGGCUGUUAG